AUGGGGCUGUCCUGGAAGCAGAAGGUCUUCCUGGCCCUGCUGGGGACUGCGGUGGCCUUGGGACUCACCGCACUUAUUCUUGUCCUGGUGGAGGCUGUCAACAUCCUCCUUCCCGCAGACACCAAGUUCGGGAUCGUGUUCGACGCUGGCUCCUCCCACACCUCCCUCUUCGUGUAUCGGUGGCCGGUGGACAAGGAGAAUGGCACGGGCGUGGUCAGCCAGGCCCUGGCCUGCCAGGUGGAAGGGCCUGGAAUCUCGUCCUACGCCUCCGACCCUGUGCAGGCUGGUGAGAGCCUUCGGGGCUGCCUGGAGGAGGCGCUGGCGCUGAUCCCAGAGGCCCAGCAUCGGGGAACACCCAUGUUCUUGGGGGCCACAGCCGGCAUGAGGCUGCUCAGCCAGAAGAACAGCUCCCAGGCGGAGGACAUCUUUGCAGCCGUCACCCGGGUCCUGGCCGGGUCUCCUGUGGAUUUUCAGGGCGCCAAGCUCCUGCAUGGGCAGGAUGAAGGCGCCUUUGGCUGGAUCACCAUCAACUACGUCCUGGGGCUGCUCAUCAAGUACUCCUUCUCUGGAGAAUGGACCCGGCCUCUGGAGGGGACACUGGUGGGCGCCCUGGACCUGGGAGGGGCCUCCACCCAGAUCGCCUUCGUACCCGGGGGCCCCAUCUUGGACACGAGCACGCAGGCCACCUUCCACCUCUACGGCUCCAACUACAGCGUCUACACCUACAGCUACCUCUGCUUUGGGCGGGACCAGAUGCUGAGCCGGCUCCUGGCCGGGCUGGUGCAGAGCCCCUCGGCCAGCCUGGUCCGACACCCCUGCUACCACAGCGGCUACCGCACCACACUGCCCCUGGCCUCCCUGUAUGAGUCACCCUGUGUCUACUCUGCGGCCCCCCAGAACCUCACCCAGAACCUCACAGUGGAAGGGACGGGUGACCCUGGGGCCUGUGUCAUGGCCAUCCGGGAACUCUUCAACUGCUCCAGCGCCCAGGAUGUAGGGGACUGUGCCUUCGACAGGGUCUACCAGCCCCCACUGUGGGGCCAGUUCUACGCCUUCUCCAACUUCUACUACACCUUCUACUUCCUGAACCUCACGUCCAGGCAGUCACUGGGCACUGCCAACGCCACAGUCUGGAACUUCUGCAAGGAGCCUUGGAAGUUGGUGGAGGCCAGCUACCCGGGGCAGGAACGCUGGCUCCGGGACUACUGUGCCUGCGGCCUGUACAUCCUCACACUCCUGACAGAGGGCUACGGGUUCAGCGAGGAGACCUGGCCCAGCAUCGAGUUCCGCAAGCAGGCUGGUGGCACGGACAUCGGCUGGACGCUGGGCUAUAUGCUGAACCUGACUGGCAUGAUCCCGGCCGAGGCGCCGGCCCAGUGGCGGGCAGAGAGCUACAGCGUCUGGGCAGCUGGAGUGGUGUUUCUCGUGCUGACCCUGGUGUCUGUCCUUGGGGCUGCCGCGGUCCAGUUCUUCUGGCCCCAGGACUAGCGGGAAGGCAGAGGCCCAGCCCACCACGCACCCCAGAGCCUUCCUGACCCCCUGACCCCUGCA